AUAACUUCAUUAGUUUUCACAACAACACUAAAAGUCUAGCAAGAAUGGCUGGAAACUCCCAAGCUCCAUUUCUACUCCUUAUCCUCUUAGCGCAGCUUGUUGGAUUCGAACUCUGCGACGCCGGCGCCGGCAUCGCCAUCUACUGGGGCCAAAACGGGAAUGAAGGUACCCUAGCCGAAACAUGUGCCACGGGGAGAUACUCGUACGUGAACAUAGCCUUCCUCAACAAAUUUGGCAGCGGCCAGACCCCCGAAAUCAACCUUGCAGGCCACUGCAACCCGGCAUCCGGUGGUUGCGCUAUCGUCAGCCGUGGCAUAACGAGUUGCCAAAGCCGAGGAAUCAAGGUGUUGCUGUCUAUCGGAGGCGGAGUUGGAAACUAUUCUCUAGCAUCAGCUGCUGAUGCAAAAGAUGUAGCCGAUUAUCUAUGGAACAAUUUCUUGGGCGGCAAGAAAUCAACUUCUCGCCCCUUAGGCGACGCUGUUUUGGACGGCGUAGAUUUUGACAUAGAACUCGGUUCUACUCAGUACUGGGACGUCCUUGCGCGACGCCUCAAGGCGCAUAGCAAGCCGAGAAGAAGUGUGUAUGUAGCAGGAGCUCCUCAAUGUCCGUUUCCUGAUAAGUUUCUCGGGGGUGCUCUGAAUACAGGGCUUUUCGACUAUGUUUGGGUUCAGUUCUAUAACAAUCCUUCGUGCCAGUACAGCUCGGGUAGCACCGAUAACCUUAUAAAAUCGUGGAACCGAUGGACUACAUCGGUCAAGGCAGGGAAGAUAUUUAUGGGGUUGCCGGCUGCUCCUGAGGCGGCCGGAAGUGGGUAUAUACCGGCUGCUGUGCUGAAAUCGAAAAUUCUACCGGUCAUAAAGAAGUCGUCGAAGUAUGGUGGUGUUAUGUUAUGGUCUAAGUUUUAUGAUGAUAAAAGUGGAUAUAGUUCUUCCAUUAUCGGAAGUGUGUGACUUUCGUAACUCUAUGUUUUGGUUUGUCCUUAAAAUACUAUCUCAAUAAAUAAAUCGGAUUUCAUUAUCCUAA